AUGACUCUGACGCCAAGCAACACAUACUCCUCGACGAGUCUGGUUUCUGGCUCGACCGACAUCAACAGCACCGACGUUAGCGAUAAGGUCUCGUUGCGGCAGAAGAGCGAGGCAGACAUGGACCAGUACGACUACAAAACGUUCAGCACAAAACAUCCUCUUCGUCUGUCGAAGAUACGCGCGUUUGAGCAGGCGGAGAUGGCGCACAAAAUGUAUUUUGCUAAAGACGAGGAGUUGGAGCACAAGAAAACCGGCAUGCUGGUGCAGGUGCCGGGGCUUUCGCCUCGUGAGUCGCGCGAGCUGAGCGCGGAGGCUGGACUCGAGCCGGAUGACUCGCAGAUGGAGGAUUCAUACGACUACGCUGUUUACGAGGACGACAGCGACGAGGACACGAGCCUGGACCGAGACGAUCCAUUUGUUUCUGCAGAUAGACGACUGAAAAUCAUGAAGAACGCUCUGCGACCGGUGACGGAGGAGCAGCUUGUUGCCAAGAAGCUCAAACGGUCGCCGCUGAACGCUGUGUUCCAGACAAGCUCACAGUUCAUGAAGGACCUGGACCUGCAGGAGCUGGAGCUGUGGGAACUGAUGAAUGAGGAGUUUGAGAAGGAGAUGGAGGCAGUCGAGGCCGAGGCCAGAGAGGGAGACAAGCGACAAAGCCAGCUUAAUCUACUCGACACGUCGCUGGAAUCGCUGUCGCACGCCGCAUCUCCAGAGUUGUCGAUGGUUGUGUUUGACAGUCUGCGCCGCAAGAUCAAGCAGGACAUGAACCAGGACAACCUGGAGUUCAGUAUAAGUACGAAUUAA